AUGAGAAUUACCACAGCUAAAAUUCCGAACGUAACAGAAAUAGAAGAUAUACUCAAGGCUCAUAAUGACUAUAGAUCUAGUGUCAAUCCCCCAUCAAGCGCUAUGUAUAAAUUGAUAUGGAAUAAUGAGGGAGCUUUGAAGGCACAAGCAUUGACUCAAAAAUGUGUUUUCAGUCAUGACACCAAUAAAGAUAGAGCUACCUCUAAAUAUCCUUCCGGAGGCCAAAACUUAUACGCGACAACAGGAACUUCUGAUUGGAAGAAUGCUGUUAAAGCAUGGUAUAAUGAAGUCAGCAGCUUUACUUUCGGGGUAGAUAAGGGAAAUUUUGCAUCGGUUGGUCAUUAUUCGCAAGUUGUAUGGGGCACUACAAAAGAAGUUGGAUGCGGAAUGACAGAAUGUUCUGGGCAAAAAAUAUAUGCCUGCAAUUAUUAUCCGAGCGGUAAUUUGCCUCCAUAUUAUGUACCUUAUGAAAAAUCAGCUGUUCAAUCGUGCAAGGGUUGCAUAAAAGGUGGUGUGUGUUCAAGUGGUGUGUAUGCUGGGAAAUUAUUAGAAUCAUGCGACCUAUUUUGUGUAAACGCGUAUAGCAAUUGCGAUGACUUAGCAAAACAAGGUGCUUGUUCGAGUUUCAAAGACAAAUGUGCCAAAUCCUGUUUGCCUGAGUGCAAGUCCUAG